AUCAGUUCCAGUGCUUCUUGUUCUCACUUUUCCCCUCUGAGAUUCAGACGUUGUUGGUGCCUCGCUGACUGAUGUGCACGUGAUCUGCUCUCGUUUUCAGAUUGUCUCACACCCGUGAAGGCUGUGAACAUGCUCACCCAGCAGGAGGUCCCUGUCAUUAUUGUGGCCAAAGCCAACUUUGAAGGUUCCCUGGAUUCAAAAAUAGGGAUUCCCAGCACCAGCUCAGAGGACGCUCUCUUAGCCCAAUCCCUGGGCCUGCCCUACUCUGAAGUCAUAGAAACUUUGCCAGAUGGCACUGAGAGGCUGAGCAGCUCUGCUGAGUUCACAGGUAUGACCCGGCAAAAUGCCUUUCUAGCCCUGACACAGAAAGCCCGGGAGAAGAGAGUGGGCGGAGACGUGACAAGUAACAAACUGAAGGACUGGCUGAUCUCACGGCAGCGAUACUGGGGCACACCGAUCCCCAUCAUACAUUGCCCGGCCUGCGGCCCUAUUCCUGUUCCUCUGGAGGACUUGCCAGUCACCUUGCCCAACAUCACAUCCUUCACUGGCAAGGGAGGCUCCCCGUUGGCCUCAGCCUCAGAGUGGGUGAACUGCUCCUGCCCAAGGCUCAGUGCAACAGGGCAGACGCCCCGCCCCCGGCUCGCCCCGCCCCCGGCUCGCCCCGCCCCCGGCUCGCCCCGCCCCCGGCUCGCCCCGCCCCCGGCUCGCCCCGCCCCCGGCUCGCCCCGCCCCCGGCUCGCCCCGCCCCCGGCUCGCCCCGCCCCCGGCUCGCCCCGCCCCCGGCUCGCCCCGCCCCCUGCGCGCUCCGCACCCUCUGCCUCCGACCCCACCCCUUCCUGUCUGUGUCUGCGGCAGCCACUUUCGAUAAAGUUGUUGUUCUGCCAGCAUGGCGGCGCCCAUGGUGACACUUCGGGCCGUGUGCGUCUAAAGGCUCUGGAAACCAAGCACAGAGGAGCCGCAGGCCAGAGCCUGUGA